CGCACGAGAGGCCCACUCCUCAGUUUUGUGGCGGGAGAAGCGGUUCCCGAGGCGGAGGAAGCGCCGAGCGCUCGGACGGCCAGAAAGACUCAAGAAAGCCUGCUCCCGCCACGGGCGCCAUCCCAGGGCCUAGCGGACACCGCGCACCCAGCCCCGCCCACAAGCGCCGGCCGCAGGGGCGGGGCCUCUGAGCUGGCCCGAGCCGAUUCGUGCAGCUCCGUCAGGGGGCGUGGCUGGCGCCGUGGCCUCCGUGGCGAGCCCCGCCCCGGGCGCUCCGCCCGUGGGCCGUGGAGGAAAUCGAGGCCCUAGGCCGGCCUUGCGCAACGGGGAGGUGGAGCAGGGAAAAAGCGGCUGAGGGGGCAGAGUCCAGGAGGGCCUGGCUACGGGGGAAUGAAGCCUCCGCCUUCUCGGGCAGAAGCCUUUAAAUACGGGCUCGGGGCCCGGGACUCCGGGUGCGGCGCUGGGCAGCCUGAGGGAGGGGCGUGCGCUGAGGGAGAGCGGGCUGAGCAGGGCGCGGGUGCAGAGGCUGCGGCGGCGCGGACCGGGGAAGGUGCUGUCCGAGGGUUCGGGAUAGGAGCGGCCGCAGACGAGCUCGGGGCUUUGGAAGCGGUGCAAUCAUGGUUGAAAUUAAGAAGAUCUGUUGCAUCGGUGCGGGCUAUGUUGGAGGGCCCACGUGUAGCGUCAUCGCUCAGAUGUGCCCUGAGAUCAGGGUCACUGUUGUUGACGUCAACGAAUCAAGAAUCAAUGCAUGGAAUUCUCCGACACUCCCUAUUUACGAGCCAGGACUGAAAGAAGUGGUAGAAUCUUGUCGAGGAAAAAAUCUCUUUUUUUCUACCAACAUUGAUGAAGCCAUCCAAGAAGCUGAUCUUGUGUUUAUCUCAGUUAACACACCAACAAAAACUUACGGGAUGGGGAAAGGCCGGGCGGCGGAUCUGAAGUACAUCGAAGCUUGUGCCAGGCGCAUUGUGCAGAACUCCAACGGGUACAAAAUCGUGACUGAGAAAAGCACGGUCCCCGUGCGGGCAGCGGAAAGCAUUCGGCGCAUUUUUGACGCCAACACAAAACCCAACUUGAAUUUGCAGGUGCUGUCCAACCCCGAGUUUUUGGCAGAGGGAACAGCCAUCAAGGACCUGAAGAACCCAGAUCGAGUGCUGAUUGGAGGGGAUGAAACUCCGGAGGGCCAGAGGGCUGUGCGGGCGCUGUGUGCUGUUUAUGAGCACUGGGUCCCCAAGGAGAGGAUCCUCACCACCAACACUUGGUCCUCAGAACUUUCCAAACUGACAGCAAAUGCUUUCCUCGCCCAGAGAAUCAGCAGCAUCAACUCCAUCAGUGCCCUGUGUGAAGCUACAGGUGCGGACGUAGAAGAGGUGGCGACCGCCAUUGGCAUGGACCAGAGAAUUGGAAAUAAAUUCCUGAAGGCCAGCGUCGGUUUUGGUGGGAGCUGCUUCCAGAAAGAUGUUCUGAACUUGGUCUAUCUCUGUGAGGCACUGAAUUUGCCGGAAGUGGCUCGUUACUGGCAGCAGGUCAUCGACAUGAAUGACUACCAGAGAAGGAGGUUUGCGUCCCGGAUCAUAGACAGUCUGUUCAAUACAGUCACAGAUAAGAAGAUAGCCAUUUUGGGAUUUGCAUUCAAAAAGGACACCGGGGAUACGAGAGAAUCCUCCAGUAUAUAUAUUAGCAAAUAUUUAAUGGAUGAAGGUGCGCACCUCCAUAUAUAUGAUCCUAAAGUGCCCAGGGAACAAAUAGUCGUGGAUCUUUCUCAUCCAGGUGUCUCUGAGGAUGACCAAGUUACCCGACUUGUGACCAUUUCCAAGGACCCAUAUGAUGCGUGUGACGGUGCCCAUGCGGUUGUAAUUUGCACUGAGUGGGACAUGUUCAAGGAACUGGAUUAUGAGCGCAUUCAUAAGAAGAUGCUGAAGCCCGCCUUCAUCUUCGAUGGACGGCGGGUCCUGGAUGGGCUCCACGACGAACUGCAGGCCAUUGGCUUCCAGAUUGAAACAAUUGGCAAGAAGGUGUCUUCAAAGAGAAUUCCAUAUGCUCCUUCUGGUGAAAUUCCAAAGUUCAGUCUUCAGGAUCCACCUAAUAAGAAACCUAAAGUGUAGACAUGGCCCUUUGGAGUUUUGAUUUUUUUUUUUUUUUUUUUUUUGGUACUUCAGGAUAGCAAAUAUCUAUCUGAUAUUCAAUGGUAAAUGAACCAAGUGUUUUUAAGGAAAAUUAUUUUUUUAAUCAUUAAAUUUAUAUAAGCUGUAUGGAUAUUAGAAUAUCUGGUAAUAAUGAAUCUAGAAUAUUUUUUACAUAUUUUUGUAAUGUUAGCUCAGAUACUGGAUUAGUGAAAAACAAUCAUGCUGGUUUUAAUGACAUCAAUUUUGUAAAAUGCAAAUGAUACUUUUUAUUUUGCAAAUCUACAGGCAGCACUUUAGUAACGUAUUAUAAAGGAAAAGGCGCUCUGGGUAUUUUGAAACCAAGAAAUUACUGUGACUUUACAAUGUAGUAUGGUCUGGUUAAAGUUCAUUUUGUUCCCGUGAGAUAAUGUCACUGAUUUAAGCUCCAAGAUCAUCACAGUUUGUCAUUUACUAUUCAAUAUGAAAGGUGUUCUCUA